AUGGUCACGGGAACCUUCAUUGGCUCCGUAGCAGAUGCCUGGGGCCGCAAGUUCUGCUCGGUGCUGUACUGUGUGCUGUACGCCCUUGCCUGUGUCACAAAACACGUCAACUCUUAUUCAGUUCUUAUGCUUGGCCGUCUCCUGGGUGGUGCUGCAACAUCCCUUCUUUUCAGCACGUUUGAAUGCUGGAUGGUGGGAGAACAUCGACGAUGUGGGUUUCCCGACGACUUGCUGCGAUACAUGUUUGGCUUGAUGUUUUUCGUGCAAUACUUGGCAGCAAUCGGGGCCGGCUUGCUAGCACAGUUUGCCGCAUCUUCUGUCCCGCUGACGCAAGUAUCGGACACAGUCUGGUAUGGCGGUGUCACAACCCCAUUUGAUGUGUCCUUCGUGUUUCUGGUGGCAGCGAUCCCGUUCAUUUGCUACUUGUGGCAGGAAAAUUAUGGUGAGAGCUCAGACGAGACUGGCGGAGAAGGUUUUGCGCAGAUCGCAACGUCGUUCCAGGCGGGCUUGCGGGCGAUGUCUUCAAGUUAUGAAGUCCCCCUUCUUGGUCUGGCGGUGGCUUCAUUUGAGAGCUCGAUGUACGCGUUUGUUUUCAACUGGACACCGGCACUGGAUUCUGGCUCUGCGACCACCCCACCGCAUGGGCUGAUAUUCAGUGCGUUCAUGAUGGCUUGCAUGUGUGGAUCUUCCUUAUUCAGUCUGCUCGACACGAAGAUGCAGCCGGUCAAGGUCCUCAUUCCCAUCUGCUUGGCUGCGGCAUCUGCUUUGGGUCUUGUUGCUGUGUCCCUGUAUACAGCCUACAGUGAACUGGCAAUAUUCUUGGGCUUCCUAGCGUUUGAAGCAUGCGUUGGAGCAUACUUUCCGUGUGUCAGCACUGUGAAAAGCGCAGUGGUUCCGGAGCAGGCACGAGCAGGCGUCUACAAUGUAUACCGUGUGCCGCUCAACUUGUGCGUGGUGCUCCUUCUUCUCGCAGACUUUGAGCUGAAGGAUUCCUUCGCUCUCUGCAGCGCGCUGCUGGUCUUCGCUGUGUUCGCAGUUGCACUCAUUGCCAGACGCUCUGAGUAA